UACCAAAGUUGAGGACUUUAUAUAAAUGCGGGUGUGGGGCUUUUGAGUCUUUACAAGGAGCGUUGGUGAGACUUUCUAGCAUUAGUGCAACUUGUUCAAAGCUAGUGGUGGUGUUUGCUCUCUAUCUAGUGUAUGUGUAUGUGUGUGUGAUUAUGGGUAGGCAACCUUGCUGUGAUAAACUUGGGGUCAAGAAAGGACCAUGGACAGCUGAGGAAGACAAGAAGCUCAUCAACUUUAUUCUCACCAAUGGACAGUGCUGUUGGAGAGCUGUUCCUAAGCUUGCCGGACUCCGGCGGUGUGGCAAGAGUUGUCGUCUUCGUUGGACUAAUUAUCUUCGCCCUGACUUGAAGAGAGGCCUUCUCACUGAAGCAGAAGAACAAUUGGUGAUUGAUCUCCAUGCUCGUCUCGGCAAUAGGUGGUCCAAGAUUGCUGCUAGGUUGCCUGGAAGGACAGACAAUGAGAUCAAGAAUCACUGGAACACCCACAUCAAGAAAAAGCUUCUUAAGAUGGGAAUUGAUCCUGUUACGCAUGAACCCUUCCAUAAAGAAGCCAAGACGGAGGAGGAGAGUUCAUCUAUAUCCCAGACUGAUAAUCUUUUGCCGGAAUCUGCCAACAGCAACAACAACAAUAGUAGCAGUAUGCAAGAAAACGAUGGCAUCGUUAACUCGGAGGAAAAUACAAGCUCACCGCAUGAAAAUUGCUGUAGUAAUGAAUCGAUUUUGAUAGAUAGUAUUUGCAAAGACGAAACGUUAUUGAAUAGCUUGUGGAUGGAUGAGCCUCCCCUAGUUGACUCAUCAUGGAACAAUAACAAUCCUCCUGCAAUGGGAAAUACUAAUUAUAAUGGCGAAAUGGGUUAUCCAUAUCCAUCCUGGGAAGACAAUUGUUCCUGGUUAUUGGAUUGUCAAGAUUUCGGAGUCCAUGAUUUUGGGUUUGAUUGCUUCGACAAUCUGGAAUUUAAGUCGCUUAACACAUUAGAGAUGGGAGACAAGCAUUAGGACAUACUUAUGGUACGUUGAGGGGUCGAAGCAAAUCCUAGAAUUUAAGGUUUAAAUGCAUGCGAGGAAAAAGUUAGAAGAAAAUGGCACAGAAAGGAAGAUCAUCCUGCAUGUGCAGCUGAUGAAGUGAAAUUAGGUUUUGAAAGUGCUGAAUUUUACAAGUUAUGCAUCAGAUUAUCGUUGGGGGGUCGAAGCAAAUCCUGAUUUCUUUACAGGUUUCUCACCAACCAAGUCAAAAACACUACACCAAACCCUUCCCCAAAAAAUCAUUAAAUUGUGACAUAAUUAUUCUUGAUGCUUUUUACGAAUGUUGUAAUCUUUUGUGUAAGAGAUAGGGACAUGUUUGGACCAUUUUAUAAAAAAAAAUGCAAGUGGGCAUUUCAGAAAAUUAAUUAUAACAAUAUUUGUAUAUGGAAUUGUAUGAUAUUGCAAAUAAUGGAAGUAGAUAAUAUAUUAUUUGUGUUUGUUGGUUA